GAGGUGAUUCCCGCUGAUGGCGCCGCCGCCUCCCGCCGGCACCGAGGCCGUCUGCGCCGCACUCAUCAAAUCCACAUUAACGCAGGACCACCUCCACCUGCUCGCCGCCUCACCCUCCCUCCUCGCCGCCGUGCUCCACCGCCUCUCUCCGCUCCCCUCCGCCGCACUCGCCUUCUUCCGCUCCCUGCCUCCGCCCCACCCGCUCGACGCCUCCCUCGCCCUCCUCCGCCUCCUCGCCCCCCACCCGCGCCACCACCCCUCCGCCCGCUCCCUCCUCCACGACCUCUCCCUCCGCCACCCGCUCUCCUCCCCGCUCCUCCUCCCCUCCCUCCUCGCCGACGCCGACCCCCACAUCCCCAGCUGGCUCCUCCUCGUCCUCUCCCAGUCCGCCCGCCCGCACGAUGCCGUCCGGCUCUUCGACCACAUGCGCGCGCGCUCGAUCGUCCCCGAUCCGCACGCCUGCUCCGCGCUCCUCACCGCGCUGGCGAGGUCCCGGAUGACUGCCACCGCCCGCAAGGUGUUCGACGACAUGACGCGGUCCGGGGUUGCCAUGAACACGCACGUCUACAACGCCAUGCUGCACGUGUGCUUGAAGUCCGGGGACGCCGCGCUUGCUGAGUCUCUCAUGACGAGGAUGGAUGCCGCCGGUGUGCCUCUUGAUAGGUUCUCCUUCAACACCAUGAUCGCGCUCUACUGCAGGAAGGGAAUGCAGUAUGAGGCCAUGUGCGUUCGGGAGCGGAUGGAGAAUGAGGGGGUCAAGGCUGAUGUUGUCACAUGGAACUCCUUCAUCCAUGGCUUGUCUAAGGAGGGCAGGGUGAAGGAGGCAGCUCAGCUGCUUAGGGAGAUGACGGCAGCAGGGGUGGCACCGGACCAUGUGACAUACACCACGCUUGUUGAUGGGUACUGCCGAGCAGGUGAUUUGGGGGAGGCCAUCAGGCUGCGAGAGGAGAUGGAGACAAUGGGGAUGCUACCAGGCGUCGCAACAUACAAUGCGAUUCUCAGGAAGCUAUGUGAAGAUGGUAAGAUGAAGGAGGUCAAUGUGUUGCUUAAUGAGAUGGAUGAGACCAAGGUGCAGGCUGAUCAUGUAACUUGCAACACGCUGAUCAACGCUUACUGCAAGAGGGGGGACAUGACCUCAGCAUGCAAGGUGAAAAGACAGAUGAUGGAGUCUGGGCUGCAGUUGGAUCAUUUCACUUACAAGGCUCUUAUCCAUGGAUUCUGUAAGGCCAAUCAGCUGGAUGAAGCCAAGGAAACCUUGUUUGAGAUGAUGGGUGCAGGAUUUUCACCCAAUUAUAGUGUGUUGUCAUGGAUUGUGGAUGGUUUCUGCAAGAAGAAUAAUGCAAUUGCACUUCUAGCCAUUCCGGAUGAACUUACGAAAAGAGGUUUUCCACCAGAUAAAGCAGUAUAUAGGUCUCUUAUCCGAAGGCUAUGCAAGAAAGGGUUUAUUGAUCUUGCCGGGAAGGUGUUCAAUGAAAUGCUAGGCCAAGGCCUAGAAGUUGACUGUCUUAUUUAUGCUACACUUGCAUGUGCAUAUUUGGCUGCCGGAAAGUCAGGUGCUGCUUUGGAUACCUUGAAUGAGAUGGCGAGGAAGCAAUUGCACAUAACACCCCAGAUUUACAACUGUAUGUGUACCUCUUAUGCUGAUGAGAAGGAAUCGCUUAAUAUGCUCUGGGUUCACGCCAUUGAGAGAGGUCUAAUCACUAAGAGUGUAUACAAAACGAUGCACCAAGCAAGGAUGAAAUCUUCAAAUUCUGCAGUCUAGAAUGCGAGGAGGGGUCUUGCACUUUGGUUGUUUGAUGUCGAUUAAUUGACUAAAUCACCGCAAUUUAGUUAGCAUAUUCAGUUUCUUUGUUGUACACCCCCUUCCUUUAUUUCCCUUUGCACCAUUUAUCUCUGCUGUCUGCUACAGGUGGCACUGUAUUCUUUUACUUGGUAGGACAAAUUGCUAUUGCUUGCUAGUGGUUUGAUUUCAAUCAAUGCCUGCGUGGCAUUUUUAGUUUUAUUUAUAUGAGUAAUACCAUCUUUCUUGUAUCACCUUAAUUAUCAAUACUUUCAUGCCUGCCUGUACACGUAUUAGACCAGUUUUUUGUCUGAUUGAUUAUUCGGUCAAUCAAUUAUUCAGGUUUCUGUUCCAUGUUUUGCUGCUUUAAACUGUUUUUUUUCUUUUUUCACAGAUAAAUAAAGCGGCAAACUUGCAGGUGAUGGAGUGCUUCAAUUCCAACCAAAUCAUGCUGGUGCGAUCGGAUUACCCAGGACCGUAGUAUAAGUUGCUGUGUUUGCACCUGGAUUGCGAGUGCCUAAGAGCUUCGGAGGAGAGCCGCCUCUUCAGCCGCUAGGUGACGGCCUCACAAGGAGGCCAACCGAACGCCUGGCUGCGUUGAGGACUUAACUUUCAUGGCUACCCCUGAGGCACUACACCUGAUUAGGCCAAGCAGGUGGUGCACCAUCACUCAGCAUGAUUCAUUCAUGGCUCAUCUGCUAAUUUGAUUGCAAGAAGAAUAAUGCCAGAGGUGACGAACGAACUUUCUAAAUUCGGUGCUCGCAGGAGGAUCAAAUCAGCAGGUCUUCUCGGCCUAGUCAUAGAUGCGAGCGAUUUGAAAGGUGCCUUGUAAAUUGGAAUGAGUUGUUACUUGGUUUGCUGCGAGGUUUCGCUCAAGACCCCUUCUAUUGGGCCGUGUGUCUAGAUGGGCCACAUCGACGGCCCACCAGAUUAUCAGUCCGGCCCAAGCCGAGAGGAUAAGCAAAGGGGACCGGCGACUCCCGCACUCGCAGCAGCAAUGAUGCCGCCAUUACCUAAGCCCCUACUAUGCCUCCUCGUCACCCCGGUCCCGCCUCCUCCUCGCCUCCGCUUCCGCCGCCUUA